CCGGAAUGCGGCCAACGAAUCGAGCUUUCGCACCUCCAUUCCAGUGCCGCAGGUAUGCGCGUCAAUCCCGCCAUCGCUGGAUCGAUCAUUCUCAGGGCAAAGAUGGCGGAUGGGCGAGCGAUUGCGCACGGCUAUGCGGUGAGCACUGGAUCCAGGGCUUCCAGGACAGGCACUCGAUCCUCAAGAACGCGUCCAGCGCCAUGGAGAGCAAGGUCUUGUGGGAGAUGGCCUACUGGAGAUCGUGCCGGGCGCUGGAUUUCUUCGUCCCCAAGAAUCGCCCCCUCCAUCCCAAGCUGGCCGCGCAGCUGGAUCCACUGCGCGAAGCGGUGCUCUCGCAGCGAUACGAUUGGGGCGGCACCGGCACGCUCUAUCUCACUCCAGCGUUCCUCUCCCCGACCAAGCUUCCCGAGCUCCAGGAUCGGGUAGUCCAGGAAGUUCUUCUCAUGAUCUUGGAGCCGGUGUUUGAGGCGCGGUUCUCGCAUCGAUCCUUCGCGUUUCGGCCCGGAAGAACAGCGAUGACAGCGCUCAAGUACAUCACGGGCAGCUUCCAAGAGUGUACGUGGUUCAUCACCGCCAAGACGUCGAUCCUCGAGAGCCUGGAGCUGGAGGUGGCGAUGGAGAUCUUCUCUCGCGUCGUCCAGGACGAGUUGAUCGUCAAGCUCGUCAGGGAUGGCCUCUCGGUGGAGACGAGAGACACCAUCGUCCCGGAGGAGUACUUCCUCUCCAAGAAGAAGAAGUGGCGAGUGAUGGAGCAAGAGAUCCAUCGCCUGACGAGGGAGAAGAAUCGACCAUUCUGGCUCAAGUGCUUCCUCGCCAUGGGACCGAUCGAGGGGAAGAACUCGCCACACUGGGGAAGCUGCAAGAUCUUGAGCCCCCUGCUGCUCAACAUCGUCCUGGACGAGCUCGAUCGAUUCGUGGAGCGCGAGAUCGAGGAAUUCGACGCCGCGCAGGGGCAGGGCCAGGUGAUGGAGUACGUUCGCUACGCCGGGCAUUUCCUCCUGGGGAUUAAAGGCGCCGACGAGGAGAUCGUCGCGAUGGAGGCCAAGCUCCGCGAGUUUUGCCGUGACAAGCUCAAGCUCGAGCUCUUCCCGGAGAUCUUCCACCUCUCGCAAAAGGUCCCAUUCCUGGCUCACACGAUCCAGGCCAGCGCCGACGCGGCUCUCGAGCAUCGAAUUCCUCGGAGCCGCGAGAACUCGCGGGAGGUGAGCAAGCAGAAGAUCCGGCUGGUGGCCAGCAUGAAGCACUGCGUGGAGAGCCUGGCGCGAUUGAAGAUCCUGGAGCUCCCGGCCGGGCAGAGGAUGAAGAUCCAUCCGUGCUUGCGGCUGCUCAAGGCGCGCCAGGAGGACGCCAACCUCCAGGUCUCGGAUCUCCUCCAUCUCCUGGCCGGCUUCUAUCGCCUGGCGAUCAACCGCAAGAAGAUCACGGUGUUCCUGACGUUUGUCCUGCGAUCGUCCCUGGCGAUCAUGUACGCUUCCAAGCACCGGCUCCAGAGGAGAGCGCCCGUCUACAAGCUUGGCGGCGAUGAUCUCAGCUGGAAGAUCAAGGGAAAGAAGGGAGUUUUCGAGUAUGCCAGGAGGAUCAAGCCUCUCCCCGACGAGAUCGUGGGGAUUCCAUUCCGGCAUUCGUGCCAAGUGCUGCCACCUUUGUUCUUGCCUGUGACUAAGAAAUGGAUGCCUUUUCAUGAGAUUUGUCUUGAGAGAUACAUCGAAGGGAAGAGGCCUGGAACUUUGGAGAAAGAGACUGAAAGAUAUAGAGAUGCCAGCAUAGAUUUGCACAAAGGUCUAAUCGACCUAAUGUUUGAGUUUGAUUGCAGGAAGCCAUUAUCAGAAAUACUUCAGAGAUGCAAUGAUACUUAAAACCUUAA